AGUUUUCCCUCCUUUCCUCCUCCACCUCCUCUGCAACUGUAAAAGAAAGAGCAGAAUACUAACUACUGUAUCUCUCUACUGUUAAUUUCGUAAAUUUUGGAGAGACAAAAAACCCCAUUUUCGUUUUAAUCCAAAAUAAACUAAAAAACAACAAAUUUCCAAAUUUAAUUUUGGGGGUUUUCUGAGGAAUUUUGUUGGUUAAUUGGUGUGCAUGCAGUGAUGCAGAUAAUUGCAGAGUAAUGAGCAGUUAUGGCGUCAAUAAAAACAAAAUUACUCGAUAAUUUGCAGCAAAAAUUACACCCAAAAAGAGGUUUAAUAAUUUCUGGGUUUGGUUUAUGCAUUGCUGCUGCUUCAUUCAUCCUUUUCUCUCUCAUAAUCUUGAUUACCAACAAAACUACUGCACCCGCAACUUCUUCUCUUGUUUCUUGGAAUUUUCCCCUUCCAAACACGCCCUUAUCUUCUUCUAAUUCUACUAAUUCUUCACUAAUCACUGCUGUUAAUGUUAAUGUUAGUGGGACCCACUUUGACAGCCUUGAUUUGAAGCUGAAGAAUGUGAGUUUCCAUGGUUUGGAAUCAAGGGUUUUAAUCAACUUUUCCAGAAAUAGUGAAAAUAGCAAUGAAAAUGAAGAGGGUUUGAGAAAUAAUUCUGGGGUUUUGACAAAAGAUUGUGAUAUUUUUGAUGGGAAAUGGGUUAGGGAUGAUGAUUUGCCACAUUACCCACCUGGGGUUUGCCCUUUUGUUGAUAGAGAUUUUAAUUGUCAGCUUAAUGGAAGACCUGAUACUGGGUAUUACAGAUGGAAAUGGCAGCCAUUUGGGUGCAACAUCCCUAGAAUGAAUGCCACUGAUUUCUUGGAGCGGAUUAGAGGAAGGAAGCUGGUUUUUAUUGGGGAUUCGUUGAAUCGGAACAUGUGGGAGUCUCUUGUUUGCAUUCUUUGGCAUAGUAUCAAAGACAAGAGGAGGGUGUACGAGGUAUCCGGGAAGAGCGAAUUCAAAAAGGAGGGUAUCUAUGCUAUUAGAUUCGAGGAUUACAACUGUACUAUUGACUAUGUAAGAGCUCCCUUUUUAGUAAGGGAAUCCACAUUUCAGAAGAAAAACGGAUCAUUGGCAACAUUAAGGCUCGAUUUAAUGGACCAAACGACUCAAAUGUAUCAUGAUGCUCAUAUUCUAGUCUUUAACACAGGUCACUGGUGGACACAUGAGAAAACUUCUAAGGGGGAAGAGUAUUACCAAGAAGGUAAUCAUGUUCAUCCUCGGCUUAAAGCUCUUAAGGCUUACAGGAAGGCCCUCGCCACUUGGGGUAGAUGGGUUGACAGGCAUAUUGAUUACAAGAAAACUCUUGUUUUCUUUAGAGGAUAUUCUGGCACUCAUUUCAGAGGAGGUCAGUGGAAUUCAGGAGGGCAAUGCCAUAAGGAAACUGAACCCAUCUUCAACGAGACUUACUUAGGGAGAUACCCUUCAAAGAUGAGAGCUCUUGAGCAAGUUUUGGGGAAAAUGAAGACCCCAGUGAUGUACUUAAACAUAAGCAGGCUCACAGAUUACCGAAAGGAUGCUCACCCUUCGAUUUACAGAAAGUCAUAUGAGAAUGAAAAGGAGCGAAUUGAGGCCGAGCAAUCUCAAGAUUGCAGCCAUUGGUGUUUACCUGGUGUGCCUGACUUCUGGAAUGAGUUACUUUAUGCUUCUCUUCUGAAGGUUGGAUGGGGAUUCCAAAGUCAAGUUUGAGCAUGGAUUAUGUAGAGCAAGAUUUGAUAGUGGUAAGAUUAAGCGCUUUGUGUUAAGGUGCGCGAUUAAGUGAGUGUUAUAUGAUUGUAAAUUACUAACUAGGUUCUUGCACUCAGGUUCAGAAUACAGAUAGGUAGAUCCUGUAACAGUUAACACGUAUCCUUCUUCGAUUGUUUCAACUAAACAGGAUGCAAUUCAUGUGUUUGUAUUUUGUAAUGUGGUGGACUGUCA